AUGUUCUCAAGAGUCUCCGUCUCGGAUCCAGCUGCAGCUCGUGCCGCUAUUUCUUCGUGUAGCCGCCGAUUGUCAGCCAUCUGCUGUUGCUGGAUUUCCGCCGACGCCACCAUUUGUUCGCGGAACAUUCGCAGCGUUUCAGUGGAAACCGCGAAUCCAUUGGUUCUCUACGGAUCGGAAGUUGACGCCGACGAACAAGUUCAACAGAAUAAGAAGUUGUCAGUGUAUGCAGCGGGACGUCAUACACCAAAAGAAACAGUCGAUAUCAAUGGAAUUCCAGCAUUCAAAUGUGGAUUAGAGGAGAUUGAAGAGGAAACUCAACUGCUUUAUGAUGAAUAUGUCAUGUUCGAUCAGGAGAGAUUCAAGAUUAAGUAUGUUGUCGAGGUUAAGGUCGAGAAGAUGACGGCGGCGGAGAUGAUGGCGUGA